AGCAGGUUCAGACGCAGCCGGAGGCAAAGGCAGCAAGAAGCGCGCUGCCAGUUCCAGGCAUCCCAGUGCCGGCACCAUGACCGUCUUCUGCAGCCACUGCCACAGGCCGCUGCAGGCAGAGACGAGCUGCCUGCCCAGGAGGGCUGAGCAGGCACACGGUGCCUCCAAGCCGUUCAGGUGAGCUCCCCUCUGCCCCUUACCUGCAAGGAGAGGCUGCGAGCGGCUCCUGGCCAGGGUGAGACCCAGCCAGGUGCAAGGGGCUGCCGCCAGCCUGGGACACCGAGGCAAAGGAUCUUGGAGGGGGCAGAGAGAUUUUGGGAGGCUUGAAUGAAGGCAGGUGCAACUUGUAGAUUGCUGCAGUUCAUGAUCUGGCACUGGAUGCGGUUUCUGCCCUAGCGGGGCUUGGCAGGGAGGUCAUGUCGCUCAGCUAACUCCUAAAGCACGGGGCUGCAAACACCAGCAGUGUCUCCUGCUGGGCAGCCACAUGCACCUCUGUCUGCAUCCACCAAAGGAUUGCUAUUCCUGAGAGGCCUUGCGUGGGGCACCGAACUGCUCCGGGCCCCAGUGUUCCCAUAGCAGGAGAUGGGGAACACUGUCCCUUUCCCUGGGCAGGGCUCCCCAAACGGUUGGCUUUGCAGGUCAACCAAGAGCGCCUCCAAGGCUCGUCGGGACCAGAUCAACGCGGAGCUGCACGCACUGCGCUCCCUGCUGCCCAUCUCCACGCAGGAGAAGGAGCGGCUCUCCUACCUCCACACCAUGGCCCUGGUGUGCCUCCGGCUGCGGGGGGCUCACCUCUUCCCUCCAGGUACCCGUGGGCACUACUGUUCCUUCCCCAUCGGUGCAGCUCUGCUCUGCACGGGGCACUGCUCCUGUGCCUUUCAAAACAGUGCUUCACACUGUGCUCGCCCUGCAGCCUCAGCUCCUCCUUCAGGACCGGUCCUUGCUGCGGAGUUGCUCUCCUUGCUGCCAGGGUUUCUGCUCGUGCUCUCAGCUGGUGGCAAGCUGGUCUACAUCUCUGAGAACGUGUCUCAGUUCCUGGGUCUCUCUAUGGUGGAGCUUCUUGCCCACGGGGACACCAUCUUCGACAUCUUGGAUGGGCAAGCACGGGAGGACGUGCACAAGAAGCUCCUUCUCGCCCAGGAGCAGCCAGGCAGGGAAAUCACCUUUGUCAGUGAGAUGCGCACAUCCAAGGCCUUCCGGCUGCAGCGCGGGGGAAAUCAGGCUGUGGCAGUACGUGGGCACUUCAUGGUCCCACACUGGCCGGCCUCCCCCUCCACCACAGCCUUCCUGGCCCUCUGCACACCGGCUGCACAGCUGGAUGCAGACCGUGACACUGGUUCUCAGGACAACCUGUUUCAGAGCACACACGCCCUAGACAUGAGGUUUAUGGAUGUCACGGAGAGUGCCAUCUACCACCUCGGCUACCUCAGGGAGGAACUGAUCGGCCGGUCAUGGUACAGCCUCCUGCAUCCUGAAGACGCUGAUGUAGCAGCUGCUCAGCACAGGGCUGUGGCGCUGGGCGCCGGGGCCGUGGCAGGGCCCGUAGUGCUGCGCGUGCUCCGCAGGGAUCGCACGUGGGCCUGGCUCUGCGUGACGGCGCGGCGCGGGGGCCGCUGCAUCACCUGCACCAGCCGCAGCCUCAGGGAGGAGGAGGCGGCCUACGUGCGCGCCCGGCAGCACGGCCCGCCGCCGCCCUGCCCGGCUCCAGCGCCGCCGCCCGCCGCCUCCCCGCCGGAAGAGGGGCUCAGCCUGCUGGCCGCACAGCUCCGCGCCCUGGCCGACAGCCUGUCGCCGCCCGCCGCCUACACCGGGGCCCGGCCCGGGACAGAGGCCCGCUCCUGCGGCCAGCCGCAGCCGGACGCCGCCCUGGCGCUGGCCUGUCUCCUGGGCGACGCGCUGGAAGCUUCCGGGUCGCACGCGCGCGGCGCGCCGCUCCUCCACCAAUAAACGCCCGUUCUGCGUUGC